AUAUUAAGUAAGCAUAAUAAAAUUUUAAACUUUAAUACUAAUUGUGAUAACAAAACUAACCAUGUACAUUACUAUUAUCGCCAUGUUAUGCAUUGUUGGGUUCGCCAACUGCCAGGAACUUCCCGCCGCCCUAACCCUCCCCCAGAUAGUGGCCGAACAGAUCCACACCGACGGCUACUUCACACUAUUUGACCGCUUGGAGGGGCGCCUCCACCCUCUCCUACGCCUCCCAAUAGGGGGUAAAUCGCAAGUAAUUGACGGCAAAAAUCUUCAACAACUAUCGGUAGACCAGAGCCGUACCGACGAUAACCUACCCCUCGUCACCGGUAGUGAACCACAAGACGACGGUUCCCUCGUUUUGCUGGCAAAGGGUGAGAGACUGGCGGUCAUACCCGCGGGUAAUACCCCCGAUUCCCGUUGUUUCGGGGGUUAUGGCGGAGGUUUUGGAGGCUUUAACCGAGGUUUUGGUUUUGGAAAACGCGAUGCCGAGGGACAGGUAGAGCACGUGACCGAUAAUGAGCCUGAUGUUAGGUGUUAUGGAGGUUAUCCCGGGGGGUUUGGUGGGUUUGGGGGCUUUAACCGAGGGUAUUCACAGAAGCUAUGUGAGAGACUGGCGGUCAUACCCGUGGGUAAUACCCCCGAUACCCGUUGUUUCGGGGGUUAUGGCGGAGGUUUUGGAGGCUUUAACCGAGGUUUUGGUUUUGGGAAACGCGAUGCCGAGGGACAGGUAGAGCACGUGACCGAUAAUGAGCCUGAUGUUAGGUGUUAUGGAGGUUAUCCCGGGGGAUUUGGUGGGUUUGGAGGCUUUAACCGAGGUUUCGGUUUUGGGAAAUAA